AUGUCAAUGUUCGUACCUUCAAUAGAAAUAAAUUCAUCCGAUCUUGAGAAUUUUAUUCAGUUUGCAUUUAAAAAUGAGAAGAUUCUCAAAGAAUUUGGUGGAAUUAGAAUCAAAUUGAAUUCUCAAUGUCAAUUGGCUUUGAAGAAACAUCAAAUUUCAUGUAUAUAUUCAACUACACAAAUAAUAAUAAAAAUUAGUAAAGAUCAAUUGAUUUAUUCAGUUGAAAAAAAAAAUACCAAAAAAUAUAUUCAACAGCAAUUUUCAAUUACAGAUGAACAAAUAUUUUGGUCUUUUCUCAAAGAUUCCCAAAAUAAAUUGGCUCACUCAAGUAUUUCCCGAGUAGAAAAUCAAACAUUAUUCUAUAAAAAAUUCUCAAAAGGCACAUUUUCAAUUCAUUCAAUUCCAAAACAAUUAUUACUUCAAUUAGGUGGAAACAAAGUUCUUGAUCAUAUUGUAUCAUCUCUAACAAGAUCAAAUGGACCAGGUGGAAUUUAUCCUCUAUCAAAUAAUGAACACGAAUUAUUUUCUCUCAUAUAUCAUCAUCAAGGUACACCUCGUCAUUGGUUAAUUAUUCCUGUAUAUAAACGAGAACAUCUUAGAAGAAUUAUUAAUGAAGAAUAUCCUUUAAUUUGUCUUGAACAUGGGCGAUUAUUAAUUGAUCCAUUAUUCCUUGAUAAACAUCAUAAAUUAAUUCAAUAUCCAAAUCAAUUUGUUAUUUUAUCAACUAGAGUUUUAUCUCAAAGUUUUACAGAAGAUUCAAGUUGGUGUGAAUCAAUUUCAUUUGCUUUACCCAGUUGGAUUCAACAAGGUUACGCAUUUUACUCUCCUUCACAUUUUACUUCAUCGAUUCCAACUGAUCAUCAAAAUUCAUCCAGCGAUCAAGGAUUACGUGAUGAUAUAAAUCAAACUGAUCUAUCUAAUUAUUUUCUUGGAUCUGUUCAAGUCAUAAUAAAACAAUGUCAGACAUCGUCUUUCAAAUAUGCUUUUAUUUUACAUGGAACAGCCAAACAACUUAAACACAAUUUUUCCCGACCGAUCGAUUAUAUUCGUCUUGGUCCGGAAUGUUGUGUCAAAUAUGUGGAUUAUUCUUCGUUUCUUCCUGCAGAUCAUCAAUCUUAUGAUAAACAAACAAUUGCAGUGACGAAUAUACCAGAAAAUGUUAGUGAAGAUGAUUUGCGUCGUUUAUUUCCCAACUCUCGUAUAUCGAAUUAUUGUCCAGCACGGACUAUUCAUCGUAAAUCUGCCUCGAUCAAGAUUUUAUGGGGAUAUGCGUUUCUUCAUUAUAAGAAUGUUCAACAAGCUGCCAAUGCUAUCGAAAAUGCUCAGCAAUACAAGAUCUAUGGUCGAACAUUAGUUGUUUCUUUUUAUUCUAAGAACAAUCGAUUUGAAUCAAUUACAGAAUGA